CUUCACUAAAAAGGUUAAAGUUACAACUUAUAUAAGUUUACUCUGGUGAAAUUUCAAGUCAAAAAGUUUUUACAUAUUGAAUUGUGCUAUAUAACUCGAAGUUAUUUAUCGUAUGAUAUCGUACCAUCUGCCAUGGGCCAUCGGCAUUCCACUUUGACAUAGAAUCAUUUGGGAUUUAUACAAAUUCGGAUCAUGAUUCGUGAGCAGAAUCCGGUCUCUCGUGUUCCACUCAAUUUACCCUAUACAUGUAUCAGAGUGAAUAUAUCGUUAGUAGACAGUAGUAUCGGGUCCCGCCAUUAAAAAAGAAAGUGACAGAAGCAACAAAAAUGGAAUCGGAUUAAUCAACAAUCCUCUCUCCCCACGGAUCAGCGAGAAAAAAAGCUGACGAGAAUCGGAAACAAGACGAGCAGAAAAGAGAAUUAGAACAGAGAGCAACCCCCCAGAUUCCAUUUGCAGCACGCACCAAACAACAAAACGAAAGCGGCCGGGGAGCAAAGUAAGGAAGAAGGAGCAAGCCCAAAUGCCUUCCAGAGUGAUCCUAUCCUCUCCACCGCCGCCGCCGCCGCCACCGUUCUCCGACCACCACCACAUUCCUCGGCCAAGCUUCCUGCUGAAGAGCAGAAUCCUGUUCCUAUCCCUCACCAUCUCCGCCACUGCAGUCAUCAUCUUCACCAUCCUCUGCUUCCUCUACCACCUCUCCCGCUCCUUCCUCCACCACUACCACUACUUCCGCUCCCGCCGCCGCGCCCGCACCAUCCCCUUCGACGACUCCCCUCUCGCCGCCGCCAAGCUCAAGCGCUUCACCUACUCCGACCUCAAGCUCGCCACCAACGACUUCCACGACUCCUCCGUCAUCGGCCGCGGCGGCUCCGCCACCGUCUUCCGCGCCAUCGCCCGGGACGGCAAGCUCUACGCAGUCAAGCGCCUCGACUCCGCCGCCCUCACCCUCAACUCCGAGCGCGAGUUCCAAAACGAGCUCCACAUCCUCGGCGGCCUCAAAUCCCCUUUCCUCGUCACCCUAUUGGGCUACUGCGUCGAAAAAAAACACCGAUUGCUGGUCUACGAGUACAUGCCCAACAAGAGCCUGCAGGAAUGGCUGUUCGGCGAGGGCAAUUUGGGGAUGGAGGUUCUGACCUGGGAGAGGCGGUUCAGCGUGAUUGCCGACGUGGCGAGAGCGCUCGAAUUCCUCCACACGGGGUGCGACCCUCCCGUGAUUCACGGCGACGUCAAGCCCAGCAAUGUCCUCCUCGAUUUCGACCUCCGGGCCAAGAUUUCGGACUUCGGGUUGUCCCGGGUCAAAGGGGAACCCGAAUUCGGGCCCGAUUUGUUCACGAGCCAGGAUUUCGGCAAGAGCCAGGAGCUUUCCGGGAAUCUGACGCCGUUAGAGAGCAGUGCUGCGAACAACGAGGUUGUGGAUUUCGCGCUGGCUCUGCAGGCUUCUUCGUCGUCGAGCAAGGGAGGUGGGUACGCCGUGAACGGAGUGAAGUUCAACUCCGUUAGCUAUAACGGGGUUUUUGCAGUGGAGACGGGGAAGGGGAAGGAGGUUUCGGCGGCGGCGGCGGGGGAGAAUGGGGGAGAUGACGAGCAUAGCAGGGAGCUUACUUGCAGCGUCGAUCAGGAGAAUCACGAUCAAGAUCCGGCGGAGGAAAGCGGGAAGCAAUGGGGGAAAGAUUGGUGGUGGAGGCAAGACGGGAGUGGCGAACUGUGCAGCAAAGAUUAUGUGAUGGAAUGGAUUGGCAGCCAAAUUUGUCCUUCCACUAACCCUAAUUGGGAAGACCACGCGGCGGCUAUAACACCGGGCGCUCCUCCUCCUCCGCCUCCGUCGCCGCCAGCAACGACAGCGGCAGCUACUCGAUCGGAUGGCGUGGUGGAAGAGGAGAACUUUAAGGUCAAGAAGAACAAGAACAAGAAGAAUCAAAACAUGACGAUGAAGGAAUGGUGGAGAGAAGAGCACUUGGAGGAAAUGUGCAAGAAGGGGAGCAACAAAUUGAAAGCCAAUAAUCAAAUUCAGUUCAAAUGGAAGAAAGGGUUCAAGAUUCAUUUCCACCGUCGGAAGAAAUCGAUGGAGAAGAAGCAAGAACAUCACUUUGAAACAGAGUUGAACGGAGGGGAGUUCAGUUUCAGGGGAGCAUGGAGGAAGAAGAAGAUGAAUCGUAAUACGAAUCAGAAUGCCGCAAACGGAAGCGAAAUGUGGAGUGGGGAUUUGUUCAGCAGGGAACUGAGCAGCACAACUACGAGCAUGAGAGGGACAUUAUGCUACGUUGCGCCGGAGUACAGCGGCGGCGAGAAAUCCGAUGUAUACAGCUUCGGAGUUCUGAUUCUGGUGAUAGUUUCAGGGAGAAGGCCGCUCCACGUUCUGGCUUCGCCGAUGAAGCUAGAGAAGGCGAAUUUGGUCAGCUGGUGCAGGCAAUUGGCACAGUCUGGUGGGUUGGAUAAUGUGUUGGAGCUUGUGGAUGAGAGGUUGAAGGGCGAGUACGAUAAAGAGCAGGCGAGUUUGUGCAUAAACUUGGCGCUGCUCUGCCUGCAGAAGAUGCCGGAGCUGCGGCCGGAUAUUGGGGAUAUAGUGAGGAUACUGAGAGGGGAGAUGGAGGUUCCGCCGCUGCCGUUUGAGUUCUCUCCAUCUCCACCUCCGCCUUCCAAAUUGUUCCACAAGUCGAGGAGAAAACAGAGGGCUAAUGGCGAUAACAACACUAGUACAGAGUAGUUGCUAAGAAUUGGUGUGUAGAUUGGUGUGAGGGAUAUUUCAUUGACCAUUUUUGUAUGUGUAAAUUGAGAGUUGUGUGUUGGAUUUUUUGGGCUUUCCAUUCCAUCUUCUUCUCCAAAGUGUUUCGGUUCAUCAAAUGAUUCAUCGGUCUUUGUGGGUUGUAGCUAUGAAAUGAUACAGAGGACACACCAGAGCAAAGAUUCUGCAUCUCCAUUGUUGAUGAUGCUCAGCCUCUGCCUUCAGUUUGUAAGGUCGAUCACCUUUCACAUUUGGGUCAUGUAGAAAAAUUAGUUACGGCCUAAGGCCGAUAAUGGACAGCUAUUUUUCAAUUAAGAAAAAGGUUAAAGAUGG